GGCGCGGGGACUCGGUGUGGCUGCGGCGCGGAGGUUGCGGGCAGGUGGGGGAUCCGAGGCGCUGGGGUCAGGCGUGUGGGGCGCUCCCUGCGCCCACGUCCCCACCUCUCCGCCGUCCUUUGUCUCUGAGCUCCUCCUUGCCCCUUAGAGCCGUUGCCACCGCUUUUCUCCUGGUCGUUCUGAUAGACCAUGAGCAGCCAUGGCAACAGCCUGUUCCUGCGGGAGAGCGGCCAGCGGCUGGGCCGGGUGGGCUGGCUGCAGCGGCUGCAGGAAAGCCUGCAGCAGAGAGCACUGCGCACGCGCCUGCGCCUGCAGACCAUGACCCGCGAGCACGUGCUGCGCUUCCUGUGCCGAAACGCCUUCAUUCUGCUGACGGUCAGCGCCGUGGUCAUUGGGGUCAGCCUGGCCUUUGCCCUGCGCCCGUAUCAGCUCACCUACCGCCAGAUCAAGUACUUCUCUUUUCCUGGAGAGCUUCUGAUGAGGAUGCUGCAGAUGCUGGUGUUACCUCUCAUUGUCUCCAGCCUGGUCACAGGUAUGGCAUCCCUGGACAACAAGGCCACGGGGCGGAUGGGGAUGCGGGCAGCUGUGUACUACAUGGUGACCACCAUCAUCGCGGUCUUCAUCGGCAUCCUCAUGGUCACCAUCAUCCAUCCCGGGAAGGGCUCCAAGGAGGGGCUGCACCGGGAGGGCCGGAUCGAGACCAUCCCCACAGCUGAUGCCUUCAUGGAUCUGAUCAGAAAUAUGUUUCCACCAAACCUCGUGGAGGCCUGCUUCAAACAGUUCAAGACGCAGUACAGCACGAGGGUGGUAACCAGGACCAUGGUGAGGACAGAGAACGGGUCUGAGCCGGGUGCCUCCAUGCCUCCUCCAUUCUCAGUGGAGAACGGAACCAGCUUCCUGGAAAAUGUCACUCGGGCCUUGGGUACCCUGCAGGAGGUGCUGAGCUUUGAGGAGACUGUACCCGUGCCUGGCUCCGCCAAUGGCAUCAACGCCCUGGGCCUCGUGGUCUUCUCUGUGGCCUUUGGGCUGGUCAUUGGUGGCAUGAAACACAAGGGCAGAGUCCUCAGGGACUUCUUCGACAGCCUCAAUGAGGCUAUUAUGAGGCUGGUGGGCAUCAUUAUCUGGUAUGCACCUGUGGGCAUCCUGUUCCUGAUUGCUGGGAAGAUUCUGGAGAUGGAAGACAUGGCCGUCCUGGGGGGUCAGCUGGGCAUGUACACCCUGACCGUCAUCGUGGGCCUGUUCCUCCAUGCCGGCAUUGUCCUUCCCCUCAUCUACUUCCUCGUCACUCACCGGAACCCCUUCCCCUUCAUUGGGGGCAUGCUACAAGCCCUCAUCACCGCUAUGGGCACGUCUUCCAGCUCGGCAACGCUGCCCAUCACCUUCCGCUGCCUGGAGGAGGGCCUGGGUGUGGACCGCCGCAUCACCAGGUUCGUCCUGCCUGUGGGCGCCACGGUCAACAUGGAUGGCACUGCCCUCUACGAGGCCCUGGCUGCCAUCUUCAUUGCUCAAGUUAACAACUACGAGCUCAACCUGGGUCAGAUCACAACCAUCAGCAUCACGGCCACAGCAGCCAGUGUUGGGGCUGCUGGCAUCCCCCAGGCGGGUCUGGUCACCAUGGUGAUUGUGCUCACGUCGGUCGGCUUGCCCACGGAAGAUAUCACGCUCAUCAUCGCCGUGGACUGGUUCCUUGACCGGCUUCGCACAAUGACCAACGUACUGGGGGACUCAAUUGGAGCAGCCGUCAUCGAGCACUUGUCUCAGCGGGAGCUGGAGCUUCAGGAAGCUGAGCUCACCCUCCCCAGCCUGGGGAAACCCUACAAGUCCCUCAUGGCACAGGAGAAGGGGGCAUCCCGGGGACGGGGAGGCAACGAGAGUGCUAUGUGAGGGGCCUCCAGCUCUGCCCCCCAGAGAGGAGGGAAGGGGGCUGGGGAGGGGAGCCCUGGGGACACAUCUGUCACCCAACUGACCAUGGGCUGAACACACGUUCUGCUUGACUCAUUUAGGGGGGAGGGAAAAGUGAAAUAAAGGAGCAGGAA